GCAGAGGGCUGAGCUUCCCCUGUUUGUCCUGAGAAUGAUCUCGCAGACGUGCGUAAGCUGUGGUGAGAACUACUUCUCCUUUCUCUUCCUCUCUCUCAGAUGCUCAUCACAGGAAACCAUAUAACUGCCACUUAACAGCCGGCUUAAAGCUGUUUUUGCUGUCGCUGACUUUACCAGGUUUGCAUCUGGAUGGGGACCUGUGGAUGGGGGGCACAAGUAGGCAACAUUCGGGACCUCACGCGACCUGGUCACACUGAAUGGAAGGGAGAUCUGGAGAUCUCUCUAGAGGGAACAAAAAUUCUGGGUCCCCUUGAGACCCCAGUCAGGCACCAACCACCAACAGCAGCAUUACCACUCGACAGGCCCGGAGAGAUACGUUCACUAUGAACAACUCAAGCAUCUGUGUGGACAUAGAUCACAGCUACAUCAGUGACGUGCUGAUGGGCAUAUACAUCCUGGCCUUCGUGCUCGGCCUGAUCUUCAACCUUCUAACGCUGGGGCCAAUCCUGCGUCAGGUGUGCAGCCAAAAUGUGCUGGGGGUGUACCUGCUCAACCUGUCCAUCUCUGACCUGCUAUACAUUUUCACCAUGCCCCUCUGGAUUUACUAUUACCAUAGCGACCACCGCUGGACCCUGGGGCUGCAGGCCUGCCAGCUGGCCGGCUUCUUUUACUACUCCAACAUGUACGUCAGUAUCUACCUGCUGUGCUGCAUUUCGGUGGACCGCUGCCUGACCGUCACCUUCCCCCUGAAGGCCAGAGUCUUCCGCCGUUCCCGCUACGCCUGGGCCAUCUGCGUGCUGGUGGCCACCGUGGUCAUGGCCCUGCACGCCCUGGUGCUGGUCUGGGAUAAAGUGGAUAACCCCCUGGACAAGAACCAGCGCUGCUACGAGAGCUACCCCAUGACCAGCAGGGUGGCGCUUUUCAACCUGAUCCGGGUGGGGGUGUCCUUCAUGGGGCCCCUCCUGGUCCUGGGGUUCUGCUACAUGCGGAUCUUCUCCAAGGUGCGGCGCAGCUGCGGGGUGGAGGAGCAGGUCAAGCGCAAGGUCAAGCUGCUGUCCAUCGCCGUCUUGGUCAUCUUCACCGUCUGCUUCGCCCCCUACCACAUCCUGCUGCUGACGCGCUCCCUGGCCUUCUACUGGAUGGAAAAGUCGCAGAACUGCGCCUUUGAGCAGAAGCUGCACUUCUACUUCUCCUGCACGUUGGCCCUGUCCAGCCUGAACAGUGUGAUUGACCCGCUGCUCUACGUGCUGGCCAGCAACGGGGUGAAGGAGGAAAUACGCCGUUUCUGCUGGCGGGCCGGGGACUUGGGCCUGAAGGACAAGGGCACCUACCACCCGCACCAGAGCACGCAGGCAUGCCUCACCAACCUGACAUAAUCCCGGGCGAGCCUACUGCACCUCAUCAACAUGCGUGCGAGAGAGCGAGCGCGUGCUCGCACCUGCGCGACCGGCCAGCGUCCAUAUUUAAACUGGAUUCACUGUGUCCCUUCAUCUGAAGGAGGAAGUGAGCAGAUGUGUUUUUAGGAGCAUGGAUGGGAGCUGGGGUCCAGGACACUGGGAAUAGACGGAUACUCUCCCAGGAGAUUCCCCACAGAAUCUAUUCAAACGCUCAAUCUCAAGCAAUCCGCUGCAUUGCUCGGGUGUUUCUUUAAAAUCAUGGAAGGGACACAAUGAAUUAUUCAUAGAAAAACCUUUCUCCUCAAGCGCUCACACAAUGUAAUGUUAUCAGUUUGAGGGACUUGAACUGUGAUAUCGCACAAAAACAUCUUAGUGGAUAAAUUCAUGCUUUUAACAUGUAAAAUGACUGUGAUUGUGCAUACCCUCUCUUUUUGUAUUGCAUUUUUAAAAUGUCUGAAAUGUGAGUGACAUGUAGUGCAAGCUUUUUUACAGUGAUGCUUUUUUAUUUUUUAUUUCUUAACAGGAUUUCUCGGUUAGGUGCUUAUUUUCUGGCAACAGACUAGCUUUUUAGACUGGCACAGAGACCGAAAACACUUCAGCUGUCAUCAAAAAGCCUAUAAUGAAUAUAUACAUAACCUAUACUUGUUAUGUUAAUAGACUCUUAUGAAUGUAUUGAUGUCAACAGUUUGCCUAAAACAUUUAAUAGAGUUCGUGUUUAAAUGUAUUCAUAAAUGACAAACAAUUUCAAGGUCCUGUGAAGAGAUUAAUGAAGUAUAAGCUUUUCAAUUACAUGUAAUUAAAAUGUCUGUUCACAACAGU